CCUCAUAAGUUAAGUUUAGUUACCAAUACAUGCAGCGUGGAGAGGGGCGGAGCUAUGUGGAGCACGGUCGAAGAAGCCUGGAAAUAAAACCCUGGUCCCUGUAGCCCGCCGAUCGCGGGUACGAGGAGAGCAGCAUGACAGCGGGAACUCUCACCCGCACUGUCCAGCUUUAGAUCGCCACACCGCAACUCAGCGAAGCCGCUCGUGGUUUCCAGACGCGCCAUGGCCGCUCAGCGCGAGCCCUCUGGCGGACCAUCGGUACAUUCGGUGCACUCGGACCCGGGCUCUAACAGCGAGCGAAGCGGCGACUCCCCAGCCCCCGGUUCGGAGAACGACUCCUGUGGUCCGUCCUCGCCGCUGGACCCUGAGUGGACCGAGGAGAGGUUUCGCGUGGACCGUAAGAAACUUGAGAUUAUGCUAAUAGCUGCCACAGAAGGGAAGGUCAAUGGAGAAGGUUUCUUUCAAAAGGUUAUGGAAGAAACAAACACCCAGGUAGCUUGGCCUUCGAAACUGAAGAUUGGUGCCAAGUCUAAGAAAGACCCUCAUAUCAAAGUAUCCGGAAAAAGGGACAACGUGUUGGAAGCCAAAGAAAAAAUCAUGUCUGUCCUCGACACAAAAAGCAACCGAGUGACCCUGAAAAUGGAUGUCUCCCACACUGAGCACUCCCACGUUAUCGGGAAAGGCGGCAACAACAUCAAGAAGGUCAUGGAGGACACCGACUGCCACAUACACUUCCCCGACUCCAACCGUAGCAACCAGGCUGAGAAAAGCAAUCAGGUGUCCAUUGCAGGCCAACCAGCAGGUGUGGAAGCUGCUAGAACCAAAAUAAGGGAGCUGAUUCCCCUUGUUCUGAUGUUUGAGUUGCCAGCCAUUGUGCAGCCAGACCCAAACUCCCUGGCUGUGCAGCACAUCUCCCAGAGCUACAACAUCUCAGUGUCCUUUAAGCAGCAUUCCAGGCUGUAUGGAAUAACGGCAGUAGUCAAGGGCUCACAGAGCAACUUAGCAGCAGUCAAGAGAGGUACAGCAUUGCUGCUGGAGCACCUUGCGGGCAGCCUGGCCAACACUAUCUCUGUCACCACCCACAUGGACAUCGCACCCCAGCACCACCUCUUCAUAAUGGGCCGCAGCAGUAGCAAUGUCAAGCACAUCAUGCAGAGGACGGGUGCCCAGAUCCACUUCCCUGACCCCAGUAGCCCACAGAAGAGGUCCUCUGUGUACCUUCAGGGCACAAUCGAUUCCGUCUGUUUGGCACGCCAGUACAUCAUGGGUUGCCUUCCACUGGUGUUGAUGUUUGACAUUAAAGAGCAUGUGGAAGUGGAGCAACUGUGCAUCACAACCCUUAUGGAACAGCUGGAUGUAUUCAUCAGAAUCAAGCCAAAGCCAAAGCAACCUAGUAAGUCUGUGAUUGUGAAGAGUGUGGAGAGAAAUGCCUUCAGGAUGUAUGAAGCCCGGAGAUUCCUGCUCGGCCUCGAAAGCAGUGGGGUGUCUGCACCUUCCAGCAGCAGCCCAUCCACUGUCCUAUGCCCCAUCCGUCUUGAAAUCCUGGGCUCAUCUGGCCUGGGGCUUACCAGCAUGGUUCCCUCCGCCAGCAACACUUCCACCCCUUCCCCCCUCCUGAACACCAUAAACAGCUCUGCCAGUCUUCUGCAGCCCACUGGUCUGAGUGGCCCCAGUCAGCUGUGGUCCAGCUCCCUUGCAAGCCCAACAAGUUCACCAGGGUUUCCACUGGGCCUGAUGAUGCAUCCUGCCACUCAUGCCACCCUGACCAGUAUUCUGCUAUCAGGGGUCCAGGGAUACACUCAGAGCACUCCCUCACCCCCUCCAGGUCUUGCCCCCCUCGACACGCAUGUCAACAGGAUACCCGACUGUGGCACGACAGUUUGUGCGCUCAAUGGCCACAUGAAGCAUCCUAUCUCAGUUUACAGUAGGAUGUCCACAGUGCCACUGGAGGACAAGGUUUUGAUCUCCAGCCACAAUGACCCGGAGGCCAGCACACAUAGUCCAUCUGAGUCAAUCUCCAGCAAGUCUAGUGCUAAUGAAAGUUCCAAUGACACCUUUGUGGAAGUGGGCAUGCCAAGAAGUCCCUCCCACUCUGCCAACAGCAGUGAGCUGAAGCAGAUGCUGGCCUCCUGCAAGGCACCGGCAUCCACAGGGAAGCAGCAAGCUGUAGAGUUACUCCAGUGUACCAAGAACUCCCGCUUUCAUUCAGAAUGGCUGCUGUCAGAUCCAGAGUCCAGUGCCUCCAAAAGCAUGCUGACGGACAAGAGAGCCCCAGGCAGCGAAUGGGCAGCAGAGCGAGCAGCCCAACAGAACUCGAAGAGAGCCCAUCUGGCACCGCAAACUGCUUUCACUAACAUGCGAGCGUUUGACUACGAACAGAAAAAACUCUUAGCUACUAAAGCCAUGUUGAAAAAGCCUGUGGUGACGGAGGUGCGGACUCCCACCAGCACUUGGAGCGGCCUUGGCUUUUCCAAGUCUAUGCCAGCAGAGACCAUCAAAGAACUCCGCAGGGCCAACCAUGUGGCCUAUAAACCCACCAUGAUCAUGACCUAUGAGGACUCGCCUCUGUCUCGAUCCAGCAGCCGGGAGGGGUUGGGCAGUGGCAGCGACUCUACAAACUGGAGAGAAAGGAAUGGCAGUGGGAUAGCCAUGCACCCGGAGUUCCCUUCAUCAGUGAGCAGCCCCAAGAGGAAACAGAACAAGUCAGCAGAGCUUUAUCUGAGCAGCAGUAAUUACAUGGACUGCAUUUCUUCAAUGGCGGGCAGCAAUGGCUGUACCCUCAGCAUGUCCCUGAAGGGGUCCGACCUGCCAGAGUUGUUCAGCAAGUUGGGCUUGGGGAAGUACAUUGAUGUCUUUCAGCAGCAGGAGAUUGACCUGCAGACAUUCCUUACCCUGACAGACCAGGAUCUAAAGGAACUUGGCAUCACCACCUUUGGCGCACGACGGAAAAUGCUGCUGGCCAUCUCAGAGCUGAACAAGAACAGAAGAAAAAUGUUUGAGCCUCCCAGCAUUCGCUCCUCCUUUCUGGAGGGCGGCUCCAGUGGCCGUCUGCCGCGACAGUUCCAUUCGGACAUGGCCAGCGUGAGUGGCCAGUGGUAGCACUCCGAGCUCCCAGCACGGAUUAAACCUGUGCCACCCAUACCCUAUAUCCAUUAUUCGAUGCAGCCUGGGUGGGAGUCAGCCACAUUAAGGACAGUAAAGAAGUUGACACCAUCAGGGUAAAAGGGAGUACAGACACCCAUAAGCCUGUUAUUGUCAGAGCACGUUUAUACAGUAUGCUCUACACAAACAGGCUCAGGUGUGAGGGGAAUUUUGCUUGCCAUGAAAUAAUGGCAUAGUCAAAGCCUUGUCAAAUAUUAUAGGAUUAAAGAAUUGGUUUUGGUAGUAUUUGCCUUGUGUAAUAUUUUGUUAUCUUGUGCACUUUAUAAACAAAAAAGUCUUUGGUGGCGGAAGCGUGUUUGUCUAAUCUUUUUCCUUUUAGGCUGAUACCCUUCAAAAAAUGGGACCAGAUUAAAUACAAGUGCUAGGGCAAACAGCACAACUAAAUAUGUGUCUUAAUCAAGCAAGAAUUUCAUCGUACUUUACACAGAGAACUUGUACUAAUGACAAUAAACCUUGAACUGAACUGAAGUGAACUAAUCUCACAUGGACAGAGGAAAAAACUACCUGUUUUCUAAAUAUCAGUGAAUGCUGGUGUAGAAACCGUGCUUUUACAAAUUGCAGUGUGACCUGUUUUUUAACGUACAAUACUGAUAUUUUCCUAUUUUGUGUAUGGAUUUUUAAAAAUUGGACUGCUUGUCCAAAUGUACUUUUUAUUUAAUUUUUGUUUUGUUGUUAUUGGAUGUUGUGAUACUUUUGCUAGUAAUUUUGUGUCCACACUCCAGACUACUGUAUGAGGUUGCACACAUCUGUAUUGUCCAGUUGGGCACAGCUAACCUGCAUUGGCUGUGAACCUCCAAUCCAGUUCACAAUAAUAACAGUUUUAGUGCAGUUACAAGGGCUGCUGUGUAUAAUUUUCUUGGUUUCUCGUGUUUCUCUUUUUUUGUAUGUAUUUCCACAACAAGAUUAAC